UUUCUUAAACCCUACAACCUCUAAUUGUUGGGAAGAAGAAGACACCAUCAUUCUCCUCUAUGUCAACCGACGACAGCCAAAAUGCUGGCGGCGUUAUGGCCCUCCGGCGGCUUAAAUCAACCGAACCACCAUUUUAUCUCUCAGCAACACCGGACCUGUCCGAAGCAGCUCGAUUGGCUUCCAAAUACCUAUACUCUUCUAUCAAACCCUACACACCGAAGUCGCCCUUCGCUCAGCUCUUGACGGAUAGUUUUGAUGCCGAGCAAAUAUGGCAGCAAAUUGACCUUCAAUCUGAGCCCUUACUUUCUUCCCUCGGUCGCCAAAUCAGACAAUUUGAGAAGAAACCGGAAGAAAUUUCGAAGAUUUUAGAUUUAGUUUCAGGUACCAGUGAAAAAAAGAGUAAUUUAGAGAGGGAAAAAGAGGAACUGGCAUUGGAUGGAAAAAGUGAGGACUUAAAGGAUGUAGAUAUGAAUGAUUUUGAUGAUGAGGAGGAGGAAGAGGUGGAAGAGGAAGGAGAGGAGGGUGAUAAUGGUGAGAAGAGUGAAGACGUGGAGGAGGAAGAGAAUGGUGGGGUAGGGGGAGUGGAAGAUAAGUUUUUCAAGAUAAAUGAGUUGGAGGAGUAUAUGGAGUAUGAUGAGGCAAGGGAGUAUGGGUUGAAGGGAAAGACCAAGAGGAUAAGAAGUAACAAAAAAAAGGAGGAUGAGGAUGAGGACGAGGAAGAAGAUGGUGAAGAAGGCAAUGACGAGGACGAAGAGGAAGAUGAUGAGCUUGGGUUUAUGGGCCUCGGAGAUGAUGAAGAUGAUGAAAAUGGAGGUGCAGAAAUUGCCAGAUAUGAGGACUUCUUUGGUUCGAAAAAGGAUACUGGACAGAAGAAAACUGUUAAAUUAUCGGAUAUAUCAGAUGACCUGGGAACCAAUGAUGACAUGAUUGAUGAUAAUGAUGACAAUCAGAAGAAGCGAAGCCUUUCUACCCAUGAAAAGGAGCUUAAGAAACUCCGAUCUACAAUUGAGGAUAUGGAGAAAGCAAAUUUGGAAGAGAAGUCCUGGACUAUGCAAGGAGAAGUAAGUGCUGCAAGAAGGCCAAAGAAUAGUGCAUUGGAAGUUGAUCUGGAUUUUGAGCACAAUGUGAGACCUGCCCCUGUAAUCACUGAAGAGGUUACUGCAACACUUGAAGAAAUGAUUCAGAAACGUAUCAUUGAGGGCCGAUAUGAUGAUGUUCAGAAGCCUCCUAGCUUGCCAUCCAGAGCACCGCGAGAAACAAAAGAACUGGAUGACAAUAAAAGCAAAAAGGGACUCGGCGAAAUUUAUGAGGAGGAAUAUGUCCAGAAGACUGGCCUCGUGUCAACAGCAUUAUCCUUCUCAGAUGAGCAGAAAAAAGAGGCCACUAUGUUGUUUAAGAAACUGUGCUUGAAGUUGGAUGCUUUGUCUCAUUUCCACUUCACUCCAAAACCGGUCAUAGAAGAUAUGUCUAUACAAGCAAAUGUUCCUGCACUUGCAAUGGAAGAGAUUGCACCUGUGGCGGUCUCUGAUGCAGCUAUGCUGGCUCCCGAGGAAGUAUUUACUGGCAAAGGAGAUGUUAAAGAAGAAACAGAGUUGACACAAGCAGAGAGAAAAAGGAGGAGGGCUAACAAGAAAAGAAAAUUUAAAGCUAAGUCAGCAAAAAGGACAGUAAAUCUGGCACCAGAAAAUACAUCGUCUAAUGAUGUUGAGCGUAAUGAUAAGUUAUAAUGUGUACCAAAACUUAUCUGAGUGGAGCUCGCAUGCUCCACUCACUCAAAUUGUGAUAACAGUUUUGGUGCCAAAUGGUUUCUAUGUCGUUUCUCAGCCAGAGUGGUGAGCUUUUCAAAGCUGCAUCCACAUACGAGACCAUGAUACUUUCCAUAGUACAUGAAUUGGAGUUCCUAGGAGAAGUAUUGGUGGCAUCAUUGUUAUGCUACUUUGGCAUUGCAGAAAGAGAAUAUCUUUACCAGGCCAAUUUGGUUGAGAAGAAUGAGUGUUACUUCACAUGAUAGGAAACUUCACUAUGAUGUAAUGUGUUUUUUUGAUAGCAAAUUGGUUGAGAAAAAUGAGUGUUACUUCACAUGAUACGAAACUUCAUUACGCUGUAAUGUACCUUUUUAAAUAGCAAUUUGAUGGUCUUGGGCAUCUAAAA